AGGGGCGUGGCCCGGGCCGGGGGCGGGGCGAGGGACAGCCAGGAGGCGGAAGUUCCCGCGGGCCGUGGGGACGGCGCCCGCUAGGCGAGUCACUUGUCAGCCCUCGUCUGAGGCGGAGGCAGCGCCGCGCCGGACCCGAGCAUCUUUCAUUUUCUGUCAUUGGACUUUGAGCCAUUUAGAACCAUGAGCAACUACAGUGUGUCACUGGUUGGCCCAGCUCCUUGGGGUUUCAGGCUGCAAGGCGGCAAGGAUUUCAACAUGCCUCUGACAAUUUCUAGUCUAAAAGAUGGCGGCAAGGCAGCCCAGGCAAAUGUAAGAAUAGGUGAUGUGGUUCUCACCAUUGAUGGAAUAAGUGCACAAGGAAUGACUCAUCUUGAAGCCCAGAAUAAGAUUAAGGGUUGUACAGGCUCUUUGAAUAUGACUCUGCAAAGAGCAUCUGCUACACCCAAGUCUGAGCCAGUUCCUGUUCAAAAGCCCACAGUCACCAGCGUGUGUUCCGAGACUUCUCAGGAGCUAGCAGAGGGACAGAGAAGAGGAUCCCAGGGUGACAGUAAACAACAAAAUGGGAAAAUUCCACCUAAACGCCCACCAAGAAAACACAUUGUGGAGCGCAAUACAGAGUUUUAUCAUAUACCCACUCACAGUGAUGCCAGCAAGAAGAGACUGAUUGAGGAUACUGAAGACUGGCGUCCAAGGACUGGAACAACUCAGUCUCGCUCUUUCCGAAUCCUUGCCCAGAUCACUGGGACUGAACAUUUGAAAGAAUCUGAAACCGAUAAUACAAAGAAGGCAAAGUUUGACAGUUCUCUGGAAGACCUACCUAAGAGUGGACUGCACCCACCUGCAACUCCUCAGGUGUUAACUAUUGGUAGCCAAGUGGCCACACUUUCUAAAGUAGCAACUACUUAUUCUAGUUUAAGCUGCUCCACAGGAAGUGUGGAAGAUUCUUUUGAAGGUUUUCUAAACUUUUCUACCUUCUUUUCUCCUGCUAGAUACAGUGCUGCAGUUCUGAGCAGGGCAGCUGCUACUGUGUCCGCUGUUAUUGCUGCAAAAACCAGGCUCUACACUCCUGAAAGAUACCACUCAAUCCUGGAUGCACUUUGCAUCAGCCCUGUCUCCAAGCCUUUAGCUUUUUCCUAUCUGCAGUCCUCAAGGAAAUCGACUGGCUCUAUCCAUGUUAGGAAAACAAGUAACUCUCAGGAGCCUUCUCCACAGUUGGCUUCCUCAGUAGCUUCCACACGGAGCAUGCUGGAAAGCCUGGACAGCCCAGCCCCUGGCAGACCCGGGGUGGCCAGCCUCGCCACUGCAGCUGCCUUCAAACCUGUAGGAUCCACCAGUAUCAUCAAGUCACCAAGCUGGCAACGGCCAAACCAAGCAGUACCUUCCACUGGAAGAAUCUCAAACAGUGCUACUUCCUCAGGAGCAGUGGCACCAGCCAACUCAGCUUUGGGACAACCUCAGCCAAGCGACCAGGACACUUUAGUGCAAAGAGCUGAGCACAUUCCAGCAGGGAAACGAACUCCAAUGUGUGCCCACUGUAACCAGGUCAUCAGAGGACCAUUCUUAGUGGCACUGGGGAAAUCUUGGCACCCGGAAGAAUUUAACUGUGCUCACUGCAAAAAUACAAUGGCCUACAUUGGAUUUGUAGAGGAAAAAGGAGCCCUAUAUUGUGAGCUUUGCUAUGAGAAAUUCUUCGCUCCUGAGUGUGGUAGAUGCCAAAGGAAGAUCCUUGGAGAAGUCAUCAAUGCGUUAAAACAAACUUGGCAUGUUUCCUGUUUCGUGUGUGUAGCCUGUGGAAAGCCCAUUCGGAACAAUGUUUUUCACCUGGAGGAUGGUGAACCCUACUGUGAGACUGAUUAUUAUGCCCUCUUUGGUACUAUAUGCCAUGGAUGUGAGUUUCCCAUAGAAGCUGGUGACAUGUUCCUGGAAGCUCUGGGCUACACCUGGCAUGACACUUGCUUUGUAUGCUCAGUGUGUUGUGAAAGUUUGGAAGGUCAGACCUUUUUCUCCAAGAAGGACAAGCCACUGUGUAAGAAACAUGCUCAUUCUGUGAAUUUUUGAAAGUCAACAGUUCAGGAGAAGAGAAGAAAUUUGAAGAGAAAAAGGAAAAUUAAAAUUACUAAUUAAUUUUUAGAUUCAAUAUUUAUAUGGAGUUUUGAAAAAUCAUAGUGGCCCUGAAGGAAUAAAUUCCAGCUUUAAAAACCAAGUCUGAGGAAAUAGUUGGCUUCAUAAAGUAAAGAGACAGUUUGGCAUUUAUUAUUACUUUUUCCUGUAUUUUAUGCCCAUAAUAUAACUUUUAUAAAAACCAAUUUCCUGAUGGACUAUUAAAUUCAUCUUAGAAUAAAUUAGUGAAGAAUUAAAUUUUAGAAUAAAUAAUCCGAUCUGAAAUAAUUAUACCUUCUUUCCUGUUAGGUAGUUACAAGAAAAUCCACAAAAGGCAAUGAAAAUGCCUUUAAUUAUAUCAAUAAGAGAACCAUUUUUUAAAAAACUAAUACUUAUCUUUAAAAUAGUAAAUAGGAUUUUAAACAGAGAAUUUUAUCAGUAGUAGAUGUCAGUUUUUUAAAAUUGCUUGUAGGCCAGGUGUAGUGGCUCACACCUGUAAUCCUAGCACUUUGGGAGGCUAAGGUGGGCGGAUCACCUGAGGUCAAGAGCUCGAGACCAGCCUGGCCAACGUGGUGAAACCCCAUCUCUACUAAAAA